GGGGCUGCCGUGACUAAGAUGGAAGCGUUUGUGAAGUCGCGGGCCGGGCACUGGGCCGGGGGCCCGUUCCCGGGACGGUUCUACCGCGUCCCGGACGCUGCCGCUUCCCUCGGGGAGCCGGCGUCCGCGCCGUGCGGGGCUCCGAUCACGCGGACCCAGAACCCGAUGGUGACCGGGACCUCGGUGCUCGGCGUGAAGUUCGACGGCGGGGUGGUGAUAGCCGCAGACAUGCUGGGCUCCUACGGCUCCCUGGCUCGUUUCCGCAACAUCUCUCGCAUCAUGAGAGUCAACGACAGCACCAUGCUGGGUGCUUCCGGAGACUACGCCGACUUCCAGUAUUUGAAGCAGGUCCUCGGCCAGAUGGUGAUCGAUGAGGAGCUGUUGGGAGAUGGACACAGCUAUAGCCCUAAAGCUAUCCAUUCAUGGUUGACAAGGGCUAUGUACAGCCGCCGCUCCAAGAUGAACCCUCUGUGGAACACCAUGGUCAUUGGAGGCUACAGUGAUGGAGAAAGUUUCCUUGGUUAUGUGGACAUGCUUGGUGUAGCUUACGAAGCCCCUUCACUGGCCACUGGCUAUGGUGCAUACUUGGCUCAGCCUCUGCUUCGAGAAGUGCUGGAGAAGAAGCCACUGCUGAGCCAGGCUGAGGCCCGGGAGCUCGUGGAGCGCUGCAUGCGAGUACUGUACUACCGAGACGCCCGCUCCUACAACCGGUUCCAAAUUGCCACUGUAACUGAAAAAGGUGUUGAAAUAGAGGGACCAUUGUCCGCAGAGACCAACUGGGAUAUUGCCCACAUGAUCAGUGGCUUUGAGUGAAAAACAGAUGCAUUGUCCAGAGGAAGUUGACCCCUUCUAAAUCUGAACUUCACUGGUUCAAAGGUAGAUUUUUGUAAAAUAAAUCAAAUAUUUCAAAGUG